AUGUUGGAAGGAAAGGACAUAAAAUUGAAAAGGAGGAACAAAUCCCAAAAAACAUGGAUCAGGUGCUCUUUAGCAUACUUCGUGUGGAGCCUUGUUGGAUUUGUUCUCUUGUUUCAUCUCUACACUUCAAUAUGCCGCCUUGAAAUUCUAAAUAGAGAGCUCAUUGUGAAAAUGAGUCAGCAUCCGCUCUUAAGUGAAGCAGAAGUAAUUGAGGAUGAAAGUAUCCAAAUGCCUCCGCCAAGAAGGAGAUCUCCACGUGCUGUUAUGAGAAAACCUAAGCCGCCAACCACUUUAAUUGAUGAGUUUCUUGACGAGUAUUCCCAAAUACGGCAUGUAUUCUUUCUUAAAAUAGAGACGGCUAUAGAUACCAUGAUGUGUGCUGAAAGCGACAAAUUUUACUAUUACCCAGGGAGAACAUGGCUUGACACUGAAAGAAAUCCGAUUCAGGCCCAUGGGGGUGGUAUUGUGUAUGACGAGAGGUCGAGUAAGUACUAUUGGUAUGGGGAAUAUAAAGAUGGACCCACUUACCAAGCUCACAAAAAUGGAUACUCACGGGUCGUUGAGGCUGGGAAUGGUUGGAUUUAUGUUGGUUAUCUUGAGGGUGAGAUGAUUUUGAAGAGGACCCCUGGUGCUGUGGGGAUUCCACAUUCACAGGGAUAA